CAGGCCUCCCAGGGCCUCCUCCCCCUGGAUAAACCAGAUCAGUUGCCCCCCACCUUCCUCCAGGGUAGAAACGGGGAGUCUGCUGCCUGGAAUGCUCAGGGCCAAGCUCCAAGCCUCUUGCCCCCCAGCAUAGAGUCCCAGCCACCCACUUGGCCACACCAUGACACAGGAGCAACUCAGAAGCCCCUGAGAGUUUCAGGGGGUAGCCUAAGAAACCCAUGGAGCAGUGAGAGCGGCUUGCUGAGCCUGCAACAGUCCAGCUUGGGGAAAUGCAGUGACAGUGACAUCAGCCUGUUGAGCAGCGGAUAUGCAGGGGAUGAGGAGAACAGUGAGGUCAGCCUGUUGGGCAGCACUCCAAUCUUGAGGUUGCAGAGAAGGCUCCUCACCCAGGCCGGCAGCGCCCUGACCAGCCAGCUGUGCGCUGUUUACUCGCCCAGCCAGAUAGGGAACCGGCUAGCCAGCCAAGCCCACAGCGUCAAGCAGACUGGAGGGGAAAAGUGAGACCAGCCUGCCCAGCAGCAGGGACAGCAGCCUGACCAGCAUGAGCUUCAUCAGCCUGGGCAGCAGUGCCCUAAACUACCGGGUGAGUAGUGGGCUGCUCAGCUCCGUCAGCAGCCUUCCCACCAGCCAGGCCAGCAGCUGCCAGAACAUCCCAGUGGACGGCAAUGUGCAAAGUGGUGUGCAAAGUAACACCAGUCCUCAGGAGGACAAGGCUGGGGGCAAGGUCAAAGCUGGCGACCAGGUUGCCAAGGGGGAGCAGCCUGCCCAGAUGUGUAUGCCUUUAUGAGCAGGCCCACUGGCCACCAGGUUCUUGAAAAAUACAGACGUGAGGACCCAGCCAACCUAGACUUCACCCAGAGUGGUUAUUGCCAAUACAAAUGCCUUUAAAAAAGUAUACACUGACAGUUCGGAACCAUGGAGAAGCCUCAUUUGUAGCAGGGUCCCGUGUAGCGAGAACUAUUGAUGAUGAGCACCAUCCACACUGACAAUCAGCAAUCGACGGUGAGACCAUCUCUACUGAGAAGCACUGUUGAGGACAUCUGUAUGAAGAGCCAUCGAUGCUAGGCCUACGUGCAUCAACCUCCCUUGGCCAUACCAUUGUGAGCCCCAGUGACCAACCAUCCCUGACAGAAACCAUCAAUGACAAAACCAUCUGUAUUGAGAAACAUCGAGGUGGGACCACCGGUGCCAAAACUCAUUGGUGGGGACAAUUGUGAUCAGCAGCAAACCAACUCUAUUUAGAACCAUCUGAAGUUAGAAACUCCCAUGAAGAAACCAUGCUAAGCGAUGAACACCAUCUAUAACCAAUAGCAACCGUGAUCAGCUCCGAAGAAGCAAGCACCAGCCACAGCCGGAACUGUCCAUGUCGAGAGCCAGCUGAAGGAAGCACCAACCACGGGGAACCGCAGCCUUGGGGUUGCUGGAUCCCUGUCAAGCUCGGUCAGAUGUGCUGCCCACAAGAGCCAGCAGCAUUCGGAGAGGACACUCAUGACGGCUGUGUUCCGGGAACCCCAUCCCUGAAGAGCAUCCUCCAAGAGAGCUUUUCCCUUUCAUUUUGAGCAGUGUUUCCAGGUAGCUUCAGCCCAGAAACUUCCCAGAAGCAAACGCUCCCCAGUGCCCCUUAUCUAUCUCUAUGUGCAUCUCAGAGGAGGAAGAGACAAGAAGGGAGGCCAGAGAUCGUCUUUGUGGAGACGGUUGGACAGUGCUUCCUAUGGCAAGACAAUGCCAUGAUCAAUCCUAAAUGGUGACAGAAACCAACUCAGCCAAGAAUGGCCGGGAUGAGUCAGCUCUGGACCAUUUAGCGAACGUGUCCUAGUUGGGUGGGAAGACUGAGGCCUCUGUCUGCCCUUUCUCAGGACAAUGAAACCCUUCCCUGGGGGCUGACCACACAGACCCUGGGGAGUGAGGGUGUCCACUGAGGACUGGAAGUCAGAACAGUCAACAAAAACGUCCACUAGGUUCCAGAAAGAAAGCAGAGGGGGCACCAAAGACAAUAAAAGGUGUCUGGAGAGGCUGA